CGUAAAUGAACGGCCUUCCCUAUUCUUAUUUACCGUUUGUUUACAUUUUUUGAGACGCCGUUGUCAACCAACACAAUUUAAUCAAACAUUGACCAAUGUUGUAUGAAACUGAGCAAUGAGUGGCAAAAUUACAAUAUGCGCCUGACAAACUACCGAAGUAAUACGCGUUUGUAGCUUUAAUAUCACCUUUGGAAAAAAUAAAACAAGAUGAGGACUGUCCCGAAGUGGGUGAAUAAAAUUCACGAAGCCGACAAAGUAGAGUUUUCCAGCGUCCACACAAUAUGCUUCAGUCCGGACGGCAGCCAGCUUGUAGUAGGUGCAGGAGAGAAGGUGAUGGUCUAUGAUCCCAGAGAUGGAGCUCUUGUCCAGUUACUCCAGGCUCACAAAGGUGCAGUCCAUGCGGUGGCAUACUGCGGAGAUGGCAAGAAGUUUGCAAGUGGUAGUGCCGAUAAAAAUGUUAUCAUUUGGACUUCCAAGAUGGAAGGCAUAUUGAAAUACUCGCACAGCGAACCAAUCCAGUGCCUUGCCUACAAUCCUGUGACAUUCCACUUGGCAUCGUGUGCUCUCACCGACUUCGCAUUCUGGUCAAUGGAUGUGAAAGCAGUGCAGAAGUUCCGGGUGCCGGGGCGGAUUACUAGCUGUGCUUGGUCUACUAAUGGCCAGUACUUAGCUGUGGGACUGGCUGUUGGCGCAGUUUCUAUAAGAGAUAAAAUGGGAGAUGAAAUAUAUCGCGUGACCCGUGAAGCGGCUGUGUGGGCGGUUGCCUUCUCGAAAUCGAUUCUGGUAGUCACUGACUGGAAUGAUACCCUGUCCUUCUACAACACUCAGGGUCAACAGAUUCUGAAGGACCGAAAUAUAGGUAUAUCAGCACUAUCAGUGACGAUGCUUGGAGCCCUCGUGUUAGUCGGUGGCGUGGGCGGCUGGGCGGUGUUAACAUCGGAAGGGGUGCCUAUAUUGAGCACUCCUCAAGAGUGGGUCUGGGCUAUUGCUCCGUCACCUUCUUUUAAUAAUCUGGCGGUCGCUUGCCAAGACGGGACACUGUGGUGCUACCAAAUAGUGUUCAGCACGGUGCACGGCCUGUACCGUGAACGUUACGCGUACAGAGAGAAUAUGACUGAUGUCAUCAUUCAGCACCUCACCACUGGGAACAAAGUGCGCAUCAAAUGCCAUGACAGGGUGCAGAAGAUCGCCAUUUAUAAGCAUCGACUUGCGGUACAACUACCAGAACGCGUGGUAGUGUAUGAACAGGGUGAUGUCGAAGGCAUGCUAUACAGGGUGCGGGAGAAACUGCCGCAGAAGACUGAGUGCUCACUCCUAGUGGCUACUAGUGACGCCUUACUUUUGUGUCAGGACACGAAACUAUCAAUAAUAGGACGAUCCAUACCUAAAUCAUGGACAGUGCCAGCGCCGAUACGGUACGUCAAGGUGACCACGCUUUACUUCGAAGAAGUUCUGCUGCUGGGACUUAUGAAUGGACAGAUCUGGCAAGUGGAGCCUCACCACGGCAGCGCUAAGAUGGUGCUUCACACUCCAGCGUCGGUCCGUUGUUUAGACGUGAGCGCAUCCCGGGCCUACCUCGCCGUGGUCGACGAGUCCUCAGUCUGCAGAGUCUAUAAUUUAUCUACGGGUGAAUUGCUGUUUACGGAGGAGAACAUAUCAUCAGUUUCAUGGAACUCGUGGUGUGAUGAGUUGCUAAGCCUGUCGGGAGGUGGCUUGCUGUCUAUCAAGGCUUGUCAUUUUCCACCAGCUACACAACCUCUAGCAGGCUCCGUGGUAGGGUUCCAGGGCGGUCGAGUGUUCUGCCUGCAAGCGAAUUCGAUGCAAACUAUCAACGUGCCUUUAUCACACGCCGUGCAUCAGUACAUACACCAUAAGAUGUUCAACGAGGCGUAUUCAGUAGCUUGCCUGGGUGUGACAUCACUGGACUGGGAGAGGCUCGGCGUAGCUGCUUUAGAAGAACUGUCCUUUGAAAUAGCGAGGAAAGCCUUCCAGAGAAGCGAGAACAUCGUGUUCCUGAAUCUUAUUGAUCAUUUGCAGGAACGGUUCGAAGCCGGUGAGAAGCGGGCAGUCGUGUUAGGUGAAGUAUUAGCAUACCGCGGAAGAUACGCCGAUGCCGCGCGUUCUUUCAAAAGCGUCGGUCGUGAUGAGAGGGCGCUUAAUCUGUACGUGGAUCUUAGAAUGUUCAAUAAAGCUCAGGAAUACGUAGGCGAGGGCGAAGGCCUGGCAGCCCUAGCAAGGCGUCGGGCUGAAUGGGCGAGACACGUGAACGAACCCCGCGCCGCCGCAGAAAUGUACCUCGCGGCUGGCGACGUGAAACGCGCUGCUGAACUCAUGGCCGAAACUGGGAGGAGAGAUAUGCUAAUAGAGUUAGCACGUAAGCUGGACAAGGGAUCCAGCGGUUCGCUUCGCUACGUGGCCGAGGCGUUAGUGAAGGCGGGCGAGCCAGCAACCGCUGCUGACGUGUAUCAACGACUUGGAGAUUAUAUUAAAGUAGCACAAUUAGCAGUGGCGGCGGGCGAAUGGUCGCGCGCAUUCAAUCUGGCGCGAGAGCAUGCCGAGUGUAAGCGGGAGGUCUAUCUGCCGUAUGCGCAUCGAAUGGCACAAGAGAACAGAUUCGUUGAUGCUCAGAAAGCAUACCACAUGGCAGGAGAGACUGCGACAGCGAUGCGAGUUUUCACCAUACUAGUGGGCAACGCGGUCGCGGAGGAGCGAUUCUGUGACGCGGGGUACCUACACCAUCUGCUGGCCUCGCAGUACCUUGACACUGCUGCUGCUGCGACUACUGAUAAUAACUUCCAGGAAAGCGUAGAACUCCUAAUACUAAAGACUCGCGCCAGUACAGGGGUGGAGUCUCGUGAUGAUGAAGUGGCGCCACUGUGCUGGCGGUGUCGGCGACACGCGCCGCCGCUGUGUGCGUCGCGCUGUCCUUACUGCAGGCACGCGUUAGCGCACUCACUCGCGACACACGAAGUGCUACCCCUCGUACAAUUCGAGCCUGCCGAGGGUAUAACGUACGAAGAAGCGCUAGAUCUCAUAGAACGUGCUCCGCUGCCCGAGUCGACGGACACAGAGAGCUCGGACGGUGCUGAGAUACUGAGGAUAGACAGGGACGUUGAUGGCAGCGAUCCUUUCUUAGAUAAAGUUGAGGAGGACGACGACCUAGGCGUGGUAGUAUGCAGUCGCGGUGCGUUGCUGCAACUGAGCCCAGCCAGCGUAGUGGUGAUCCAGCGGCCACCGCUGUCGCCGCUACUGUAUCGCAACAUGCUGCCAGAACUGCCUGCUACUGCCUGCCAGCACUGCCACAAUCUAUUCUACCUCGAAGACUUCGAGAUCCAGGUGGUGACGAAAGGCCACUGUCCAUUCUGCCGUCACCCACCGGAACAGCCCCGAGGUGAUGAGGAGGAAACUGAAGACUCACUCCUGAAUGACUCCAGUCUCACCCCAACUAGUCCUAGUAACGACCGCAGUUCUUGGUGAUAAGUACCUGCUUACUUCGAGAACAUUCCACCGUAAGGAUUUUGUACUAUGAACAAUCUGUAUUAAGUAGAUGUUUGAAUAGUUUAUGUAGUAGCUAGUGACGAAAGACAGAACACACAAGUCUGUUGAAUUAGAAUUUAUUUAUUUGCUUGAAAUGUGGUCAUAAUUAUGGGUCUUAAAAUACAAUUAUGUUUCUUGAUAUCUCGUCUCAUAUUCAGCAUGCAAAAAUACGAAAGGGCAUUAUUUAAACCAAACAGAAAUUUUCAAAUGUCAAU